AUGAGCGAGAAGUUCUUACUGUACAAAGGGAUCCGCUUCCCUUCUCCAGGUUAUGAACCAGAAGUGCUGAGAUUAACGCAAGAGGAGUUUGUGUUCAAGGAUGACGAUGUCGUGAUAAUGACAUUCCCCAAAUCAGGAACCAAUUGGUUGAAUUCCAUUCUCUGCCUCAUCCGCUCCAAGGGAGACCCCACGUGCCUCCAGUCACUACCGUUCUGGGCACGCACUCCCUGGAUGGAAUCCAAGUUCGGGUUUGAAACCCUCCCUACGAUGGAGAGCCCACGCCUCAUGACCUCCCACCUUUCACUCCACAUGUUCCCCAAGUCCAUCUUCAACACCAAGGCUAAGGUGAUUUAUCUCAUCAGAAAUCCCAGAGAUGUUCUCGUGUCUGGCUAUUUUUUCGGGCACUUUGUGACUUUUUCGAUGCAGUCGGAGUCCCUACAGGAGUAUUUUGAGUGGUUCUUGGAAGGAAAGGUGCUCUAUGGAUCGUGGUUCGACCACGUCCGCAGCUGGUCCUCCAUGAGAGACUGGGAGAACUUGCUGUGGCUGAGCUACGAAGAGCUGCACCAGGACACUCGGGGCACCGUGGAGAAGAUUUGCCGCUUCCUGGGGGAGAAGCUGACCUCGGAGGAGAUUGGCUCAGUCGUGGAGCACAGCUCCUUCCAAGCUAUGAAAGGGAACAAGAUGUCCAACUUCAUGGCACUGCAGCAGUACAACCUGAUCAACGAGAAACACGAGGAAGGCAUGUCGCUCCUAAGAAAAGGCAUCGUCGGGGACUGGAAAAAUCACUUCACGGUGGCCCAAGCUGAAGCCUUCGACAAGGUCUUCAAGGAAAAGAUGGCAGGUCUUCCCGUGGAGCUGUUCCCAUGGUAACAAGGUCCAGAAUGUUCUGGAGCCUAUGUGGAUUCUACCACCUGUUCCCUGAUCACUG